UGCACUCGCACAUUUUAAAGCCGGUGAGAGCAGACGGUUUUUAGGCUGAGGGAAGAGAAAAGGAGGAAACCCACAAACCCCCUCAGUGUGGAAGGCGCUCAGUCCUCUGCUCUCACACCAUGACGACACGAUGUGCGCUCCUGAUGCUGGCCGCCCUCGUUGGAUCCUGUGCUCAGUUUACAGAUGCUGUUUACAUUGUGGGAGAACAUGAUCAGCCAUCAGAAAGAACAGAGACGGAAGACAGUUACAUGUCAGUACUUUGCUCACUGUCACCUGGACCCUCGUCUCCACCCUCCUCAGUCGACGCUCUCGGACCCGCCGAUGUCUCAGCUGUUUACACCUUGGGGAUGCCGCUGUCACACAGGCACGAAGCAUCCAACCUGGUCAGCAAAAUAACUGAGUUGCUCUCCAUGUUUACCCCUGAAAUGAUCCCUCAGCGUGUGGCUCAGGCCUCAUCGCAGCCCAGGAGUUUGUUGAAGGAAGUUGAAGAACUGUCGUGGUCCCGGUCACAUCAGGUCUCAGACUGGAAGUUUGUUCUGAUGUUUGUUUCGGCAGAUUCAUUGUGUUCCUGCUCGCCUCACGUUGCUGCAGAUGUUGAAGCUGUUGUUCGGGAUGCGGAGGGAGCUCUGCUGAUAUUGCAAGAAAAGCUGCAUCGUGCAUUAAUCCAUGUCACAGUGUGGAGCGCGUUUCACCAGCAGGACAAUUGUGACUGUAUGAGAGAUGAAGGUAUAAACCAGCGCCUACAAAAAGCAGUUCUUCUAAAAACGCUGCAGGAUUCUCUAAGUGCUGCUUUGGAAAAUCCAAGGUGGUAUAGCAGCAGGUCAGACUUCUCUGUCGUGCUACACUCUGCCCCAGUCAUCCUUGAACCCAGCUCAGACUCUGACAACCUGGGCUCUGACAUAAACCAGCUUGCUGUUCAGCUUUGGACAAACAUGCUGCAGCCAAGGACAGGUCAGACAAAGGUCAUGGACAACGGUGUAAUCGCUAUCCCCUGCCCCACCCAGGAACAACCUUUCCUGAGGACACAGAUAAAUUCCCCCUCUGACAGAGAGAUCACCCUUUACAACAAAGCCUCCUCAGUAACAGACCGCAGAAGGAAGUCAAAAUGUUCUCAGGGGAUGGGGACAGAGAUCCCCUGCACAGACCGCAGUCCAUCUCCCACCACACCAACUUCAGUGCAUGAACUCAGACCUGGAGAUAUCAAGGUGGUGGCAGCGGUGGGCGAUUCUGUGACAGCAGGCAAUGGUGUGGGAGCAAAGGUAGACAACCUUCUGUUAGUGAUUAAUGAGUACAGGGGACUGUCAUGGAGCAUCGGCGGAGAUGAAAACAUCACCACAGUAACCACCCUGCCAAAUAUCCUGAAGGAGUUUAACCCCUCACUGACCGGCUUCUCACAGGGAAAAGGUAAACAGGACAAUCCCAAGGCCUUCCUCAACCAGGCUGUGGCGGGAGCCAAGAGCGGUGAUAUGGUUCAACAGGUGCGCAUCCUGGUGGACAAAAUGAAAAACGAUUCGCGCAUUGAUUUCCUCAAUGACUGGAAAGUGAUCACUAUGUUUAUUGGGGCCAAUGACCUAUGUGACUUCUGCUCAAACAGCGUUUUUUUCUCGGCCAGGAACGUGGCCGACCGUAUCCGCGAGGCUCUGGACAUCCUGCACAGUGAAGUGCCCCGUGCCAUUGUUAACCUGGUGGAGAUGUUACCCGUUGAGGCGUUGCGUGAUCUGCACAGUGAUAAGUCUCUGGGAUGUCCCACCUGGUUUGCAGGUUUCAUUUGUCCCUGUAUACUGAAGCCUAAAGAAGGAUCCGCUGAACUGCAGAGGGCCAACGACUUCAACAGGGAAUAUCAGCGUGCCAUGAGAGAGCUGAUUGACACGGGUCGCUACGACACACGAGACAACUUCUCCGUGGUCCUGCAGCCCUUCAUGAGAAAGAUAAUACUUCCCACAUUAGAGGACGGCCGUCCUGAUCGUUCUUACUUUGCCCCCGACUGUUUCCACCUGAGCCAGAAGGCUCACACUCUCAUGGCUCAAGCUCUCUGGAACAACAUGUUAGAGCCAGUGGGGAACAAGACUUUCUCCCAAGACUUUGAAGCCUGUAUCGAUUUGAAGUGUCCCUCUGAGACUAGCCCAUUCUUCAGGACCGCAGUCAACAGCAACCACACCUUCACUGGCCCUCCGACCAUCCCUCCUCCUGUUAACAACUGGGGAAGUGACUUCUCCUGCGUCGACACGGCUCCGUCCAACUCUGUGCCCACUUCAGUUCACAGGUUACGGCCGGCAGACAUCAAAGUGGUGGCCGCUCUGGGCGACUCUCUAUCGACUGGGUUUGGUGCAAAGGCCAAGAAUCUGCUGAAGCUCUCAACCGAGUACAAAGGAGUCGCAUGGAGCAUCGGAGGAGACAAAACUCUGGAGACUGUCACAACAUUACCCAAUAUUCUGAAGAAGUUCAAUCCUCAAAUCAAGGGAAUGUCAAUGGGAGAAGGGAAAAAACAGUCUGGCUUCAACGUGGCCGUAUCAGGGGCCAAAAUAUCAGGAAUCCCAGGGCAGGUCCGACGUCUGGUUGAUAUCCUGAAAAAUGAUUCUUCAGUGGAUUUCAACAAUGACUGGAAGCUGGUGACCCUCUUCAUCGGAGGCAAUGACCUGUGUCAGUACUGCCACGACCGGGCCUCUCUGUCGCCUCAGCGCUACAGAGACCACAUGAUGACGAGCUUGGACAUUUUGUACAAAGAGGUUCCCAGGACGUUAGUCAAUGUCAUGGAGAUCUUGGAAAUCAAAGGCCUGCGCAGAGUCAAACGAGACACUCUUGGCUGCAACUGGAUUCAACCGUAUGCAUGCCCGUGCUUCAUGCAAGUAGAAGAGGAUUCUCUAGAGCUGGCUGAGGUCAAACGCAUCAAUCGGGAAAUGCAGAUGGAGGCAGAAAAUGUGGCGUACCGAGGCCGCUAUGAGGGCAGAGAGGAUUUUGCUGUGGUGGUUCAGCCCUUUUUUCAAAACUCUAUCAUUCCUUUGAAUUCUGACGGCAGACCUGAUCACACCUACUUCUCUGAGGACUGUUUCCACUUCAGUGAACGGGGACAUGCUGACAUGGCUGUAAAUCUGUGGAAUAACAUGCUGGAGCCAGUGGGUAAAAAACAGACGUACAACAAUUUCACCAAUUCCAGAAAUAGCAUAAAAUGCCCCACUGAGGAGCAUCCAUACAUCUUCACAAAGGGGAACAGCUUGACUGGGCCAGCACCCACAACCGUCAGCUCCACAACGCUCAGCACGCCCCCACCUCUCAUCGUUGACUGCUCGAACAGCGUGGCCGUUUGGCUCGCCGCCGUCCUUGCCGUUGUUGGCCUUCUGAUUGGCUGUGUUGCUACCUGGCUCUUCUUCUACUGCAGAGACAAGGGAGACAAGAAGAGGAUGGCGGAGCAUGGAGUGGGGUUGAGGAGCACUGGGUUUUAAAAGUGUCUGAACACAACGUAAUUUACGAUGAAAGUAGAAGGACAUUGUUUGUGGUGAUAAGAUAGGGUUAGGGUUAAGAUAGGCCUGUCUGCUCUGUCUACACAAGUUUAUUAUUGUCCUUGAACCACAGCAAACAUUACUGGAUGCAGAGGUGGAAAAAUGGCAGUGAGGUGUGUUAGCAUGUCAUCUGUUUUAGUUUGGAGUUCUGAUCUCCUGUUUGCUCUCCUGUCUUUGUUGAGUUUUCUGUUAAGUCUCGGUCAGCUUUGAGUUCCUUGUUGUUCCUGAACAGUUUAAGUUUGCAUGUUUGUGUCCCGCUGGGCCUGCCCCUCUUUAUAUGUUUUCGAUGAAUAGUGUUUUUUCUAAUUGGACCUGCCUCCUGCCUCCUGCCUCCUGCCUCCUGCCUCCUGCCCCCUGCCUCCUGCCUCCUGCCCCCUGCAUCCUGCCUCCUGCCCCCUGCCCACUGCCUCCUGCCUCCUGCCUCCUGCCUCCUGCCUCCUGCCUCCUGCCUCCUGCCUCCUGCCCUCUGCCCUCUGCCUCCUGCCUCCUGCCUCCUGCCUCCUGCCUCCUGCCUAGCUCCUUCAUGUGGGUCCAGCUGCGCUCCACAACCGUGACAUUAGCGUAUUUGUUCCUCGUGAAGGAUGGUAAUGGUAAAUGGACUUUAUUUCCAGUACCAUCAAAGCUCUUUACAAGUCACAUUCACCCAUACACAGACAUUCAUUCAGCGCUUCUACUGUCACACAGGGCAAGCGUCAUGGGCCAUUUGGGGUUCAAUAUCGUGCACAUUGCAAUACAGGAGCCGGGGAUCAAACCACUGACCUUCUGGUUGGUGGACGACCCUCUCUACCUCCUAAAAAAAAACGCUUUCUAGAUUCACUGGCUGCCCCUUAACUUAUUUCUGCUCUUGUACAUAUCAAUGUAAUAAAUUGAAAAGGACUUUAAAAGAUGAUUUUAGAUGUUGUGGAGUAAAACACAGAAUAGUCACCUCUCAAGUAUUUUAAAUAAAUGUACUGAGUGACCCUAACAACAGGGCACUUUGAUAGGUGUAGUGUCUGUAUUAUUUUAUGCAAUGAUACAUUUGAUAAUAUCUGAAAUAAAGUAUUUUUUUCGACAUUUAA